AUGAAGCCGUACUUUUUGGACAAAUUCGGCAAUGCCUCCAGCACUGACCAUAGACACGGCAGUGAGGCAUCCGCUGCAGUGGAAUCUGCCCGAGGGGAUGUUGCAAGGGCGAUAGGUGCAAAGACAGAUGAGAUCAUCUUUACAUCAGGGGCUACAGAAUCUGACAAUUUGGCAAUACGUGGUGUUGCAGAAAAAUACAAGGAUAGAGAUGAUCUUGGACGAAUUGAUAUCGGGGAACUAGAGUCUGCCAUCACAGAUAAGACUGUAAUGAUAUCAGUCAUGGCUGCAAACAAUGAGAUCGGUGUCAUACCUGAUAUCAAGAAGAUC